CAAGUUGGUUUGAUUCGACGUUGUUCGCGCAACGAACCAUUCGAAGCCAGCUAAAACAGCAGUAGCCAUUGUGAACGGCACAUCAAUAGUGCAGUGAGCAGCGAAGAGUUUUCUAUAACCGCAGUGUGUGUGUGCCCUUUUUUUCUCGCUCUCUGUCUCUUUCACGUUUCUCCGAAACACAAAGACGAAAUUGGAGACAAAUGAAAAUAUUGACGAGAAGAAGAAGAAAAAAAAAACAAACUGUGCAAUAUUGUUAUUUCGUGUUAAAAAUCCAGACAUUUGCCUAAUGAGAAAACGAUACAUUGUUUUAUUGACAUUAAGUGUUGCUGCUAAUAUUGACUGCUAAUCGAUCUGCGUAUAAAAUACAGAGAGAAAAAAGUGGUUAUUCUCUUGAUUCAAUACUUGGUUGCUGCGACCCGUUUAUACAUGAAAAUUGAUUGAAAUUUGAACGGAAUGUGAGAAAAGUGACUGGAAAAAAGCGAGAAUUUUUCCAAGAAAAAAAAAAACAAAAAAAAAAAUAGAUAAAAUUUUAUAAUUCUUUUUUAUUCUGUUGACUGUCGCUGUUGCUUCUGCUGUUCUUUCUUUUCCAUAUUUUUGUUCGCGAUUUCUUCGCGUUCCAUCACCGCUGACUGUCUUUCUGUUUCGUUUGUUUCUUCAAUUGGAAACAUAUAGAGUGUGUGGAAUACAUUUUUGCUGUUGCUGCUGCUGCUGCUGCUGCCGCUUGUUUUUCCCAUUUUCGAACUCUCGUCGACAACAAGCAAGCAAUCAGCCAACCAACCAACGAACCAACCAAGCACUGUAAAUGUAUGCGCAUUGUACGACGCGUACAUGUGUGCCCAUGCUCUGUGUAUUUAUUUCAAUCCAUGGACCCCAUGGAAUAUAAUAUAUAACUUGAAUUUAGACAACAUACAGCUCACCGAUAAAAAAAAGCACACAAUUUAUGUAGAAAAUAUAAUAUGAGAACCAUUGGCUGGUUCAUCGUGUUCAGUGUGUGUUUCUUGCUCAAGCGAUUUUGAAGUGGAAUUCGCGCAAGUGUUCAUAAACAUCAAACAUUCGUCGUCUCUUCACCUCAGUCAGCUGCCAUUUUAAUAAACAAAUACCAUAAAAAAAAACUUACCAGAACACAAAGAUUUGCCUGAUGAUUAUGCAAAUAGAAAAAAAACACAAAGUCGAGUCUGUUCACGUAGCUGAAUUAAAGUAAAUUCAAGUUAUAAAUUAAUACGUAAUAUGUGUGCGCAUUUGUGUGAUUGCAUUUCAUGCGAAAGAGCAGCGACUAUAACCGAGUUCCAUAAAUAAAAAGGAAAAAUAAAAUUAAUAAAGCAAAAAAGCGAAAAAAAAAUACGACCACUGAUAAUAAAAAAAUCAGCGCAGCAAAGCAAACACGUAGAAACUCAAUUAGAAACGUAGUGCGAAGAUUGUGUUGUUUUUUUUCGCUAUAGAGACAAGUAAAAUCAUCAUCUUGACGUAAGCACAGCGUAAACGACUCGAACAUUAAUUGUGUAAAUUUCCAGUGGAAGCAUGUGAAUGUUGUUAGACUGUUUUGAUUUGUUUUUUGUUUGCUGCAUUAAAUCAAGUGGAUAUUGAAUGUGGGGGGGGAAAAUAGAAUUUGAAACACAAGUGUAGAGACUAGAAAACAGGAAAGAUAAACGUCAUAAACAUACAAAAAUCGCAUCGAAGGAAAACCAAAAGUCGAAAAAAAUGCUUGGAACGAGAAUAAAUUAUUGGCUGGUAAAUCGUACGAAAGUGAAUGUAUUUGAAUCGAUUCCCGACGCAUUACGAUUGCGUGGGGUAUGUUUGUUGAUAAACAGUGGAUGUCGAAGUGUCGUCUAUGGCCGAAUCCGUUAACCAUUUGCUCUCUGCAGUGACGGAGGGGCAUUUAAGUAACAGCACCGCAUCACAAAACACACAAACCUUUGAUCAAGCGACUAGUAAAUCGGCCGGAGGAGAUAAUCGAAGCAAAAAAUCGACACGAUCGGCAACAUUAUCAUCGGAAUCAGUGUCAAGAGAAAAUUCAGAAUCGACGAAUUCAAAUCGCCGUGGAAGGAAAAAACACGCCGCCGAGGCAUUGGAAAAUACUGAAAGCAGUAGCAGUACAAAGCGGAAAGUAAGACGAUACGACGAAUCAAGCGAUCUAUCUACGGAGAUUGUGACAAGUGCAAAAACGGCGUCGAUAAAUAAAUUGAAGCGCCAGAAAUCGUCUAGAUCGAGCAAUCAAGCAGAACCAAUAGAGAUAAGCAGUGACGAGGAAGUUCCUUUGGAAGGAAAGGUGAAAAAUUGCAUCGCAAGUCGCACACGAUCGAAAGCUCAUCACAGCUCACCGUCACCGAGUAAAAAACUGAAAUUGGCAUCACGCACCAGCUCCGUUUCACCCGGUGUGGAUAAUAAUACUGCAACGCUGGGUUCAAAUAUACGAAAAACAUCGACUCGUCACUACAACACCGAAAGUGCCAGUACAAGCGCUUCGCGACGAACACCGACCAGUCAUUUAGCGGCCACGCACGAAACAAACUCAGUUAAUAAUAACGUUACACAUUCGGCAAAUCCGGCUAGUCUACCAAGACGUAGUUCGAGAAGUAAGGUUCAGCAAUCGACUGUAACGACGGGUUCCUGCGUUAGUUCAGCGGCAAGUACACAAGCUUGCACAUCGUAUCAAAUACGCGGUCCAGCUUCAUCGUCGGCAAACGAGGCGGCUGGUGCUAGUGGUUCAUCGUUAGCCAUUGCAGCGCACGGUGGUAGCUCAAGCAAUAAUAGCACCAGACGACGCAGAAAAUCGGCCACAUUCAUAACAAACGUUGGCAAAUUACAUGAUCAAACCAACAAUCAGGUUUUAGUUGAAGCUUCGACAUCGGGUAUGGCAAAUGAUGGAUCUCGUGAUGCAAACGCUCAAAAUCAAUCCCAAAAUCAUUACGGUAAAGCCAGCAAAAAAUUCUCAUUAAAACUACACAGAAUGACAUUCACUUCAGCUGACUCAAACUCUUCUUCUUCCACACAAACCAACGAAUCAACGGCAGACAUGUCAAAUAUACACAGUUUAAGACGUAGUCCACGCGGUAGUGUUAAAACAAGCAAUUUAAGCACAUCGGCGACCGUUCAUACGUCGCCAUUAGCCGUUAAUGCGUCAUCCACCGCAAUAUCAAUCGCAACUACAAACAACACCAAAUCAUCUUCCUCGUCAAAUAAUUUAAGCAACACAACCGCGACAACACCAUGGGAUGCAGGACAUCAUCAUUAUCAUAGUUUGGCCAGUUCAUCUGGCUCAAGCAGCAAUAAACCAUCAUCGACUUCAUUGCGCGGAACAAGCUUCUUUUCAGCACUUGAUUCAGCGCUCGCAAUGACACAAAGCCAACCAUCGACAUCGCAAACGGCCGGCGUUUCGGUUUCACUUUCGAACAGCAACGGUUCGACAUCACAACAGACGUCAGCACUUUCGGCAAGUACCGCAGUCGCAUUCAGUGGAGACUCAGAGAGUUUGACGAAUGUUAAUUUGGCUCAUAGCCUUGCUGGUGCCAGCAGCUCACUUCCGGUCAGUUUCGGUAGCUCAGCUCCAUCGGCAAUGGAUCCGGAGGCAGACGAUCCAGAUGUUGGACGUUUGCAAGCAUUGCUUGAGGCUCGUGGCAUUCCACCACAUGUCUUUGGUUCGUUGGCGCCUCGUAUGCAUCAUCUAUUGCACAGAACAAUCGGUUCGAAUAGCACGUCAAAAGCGCAACAAUUGUUACAAGGCUUGCAAUCAAACGACGAGAGUCAACAGUUGCAGGCCGCUAUUGAAAUGUGUCAAAUGCUGGUGAUGGGCAACGAAGAUACUCUGGCUGGUUUUCCAGUGAAAUUGGUCGUUCCGGCUCUCAUCAACUUACUUCGUAUGGAGCACAAUUUCGAUAUAAUGAAUCAUGCAUGUCGUGCGCUCGCCUACAUGCUCGAAGCAUUGCCCAGAUCGUCAGCCACCGUUGUCGAUGCCAUUCCCGUAUUUCUCGAAAAGCUACAAGUCAUUCAGUGUAUGGAUGUGGCUGAACAAAGUUUGACCGCUUUGGAAACGCUAUCGCGUCGUCAUAGCAAAGCAAUUUUGCAAGCGAACGGUGUAUCGGCUUGCCUCACUUAUUUGGACUUCUUCUCGAUGAACGCUCAACGAUCGGCAUUGGCCAUCACAUCCCACUGCUGCUUGAAUCUACAACCGGAUGAAUUCCACUUUGUGAGCGAUUCAUUGCCGCUGAUGUCGCGUUUGUUAACACAACAGGAUAAAAAAUGUGUUGAGUAUGUUUGCACGGCAUUUUAUCGUUUGGUCGAAAGUUUCCAACACGAUCCGAGCAAAUUACAAGAGAUUGCCAAGAAAGAUCUACUCAAAAACUGUCAGCAGUUGCUGGUUGUAACGCCAUCAAUUUUGAACUCAGGCACGUUCACCAAUGUGAUUCGAAUGCUGAGCAUAAUGUGCUCUAAUUGCCCUGAUUUGGCCAUAACCCUACUGAAAAUCGACAUCGAUGCAACGCUGUUGUACUUGUUGACCGGAUCAUCAGAUACUUUGGCAACGCGUCAAGCCAAUGGCGGAAGUGUUGAUAUUGAAUUGGUUGAACGCAACCCACAAGAAUUGUACGAAAUCACUUGUUUGAUCGGCGAACUGAUGCCACGCUUGCCAAAUGACGGCAUAUUCAGUGUGGAUGCUCUGUUUGAAAAACCAGCAAGCGCACAACAGGAUCAAGUCAGUUGGCAGUGGCGCGGUGACCGUGGUGCAUGGCAUUCGUAUUCGGUUAUGGAUUCACGAGCCAUCGAAGCAGCCCAUCAUAAUUCAGACGAUGAAAUCAGCUUAUCGACUAUGGGUCGAACAUACACGAUUGACUUUAAUUCGAUGCAACAGAUUAAUGAAGAUACUGGCACCACCCGGCCAGUUCAACGGAAAUUGAAUCCCGCAGCAAACACAAACACUUCACCAAAUCUGGCGAUGGCUACUGAUUCGAAAAACUCGAGCACCGAUAGCGCAGCUGGAUUUGGCGAUUGUCUCCACGGAACCGGAACCGUAAAUUUGGCAUUGCGCCCACCGAAUCCGUAUAGGGACGCACGGUUGGCCUGCUUGCGUGAAGAGCGUGGUUUGGCAGCUGAAUUCAUCAAAAAUAUGUUCUCCGUGCUGUACGAGGUGUACAGCUCAUCGGCUGGACCAUCAGUUCGUUUCAAGUGCUUGCGUGCACUAUUGCGCAUGGUCUACUUUGCCAGUGCUGAUUUACUACGUGAAGUUUUAACAAGCCAAAUGCUUUCGUCACACAUUGCUGGUAUGAUGGCAUCAAAUGAUCUGCGCAUUGUUGUUGGUGCCGUUCAAAUGGCCGAAAUUCUUAUGCAAAAAAUGCCGGAGAUUUUUAACGUUCAUUUCCGUCGUGAUGGUGUUAUGCAUCAAAUAAGCCUCUUGGCCGAUCCCAAAUUGCCAAUUUGCGAAAAAUCGAAAAAUACACCACACAAAGAAUCGACCAACAGCUCGCCAUCCGUUACCGUGUACGAGUUUGAUUCAAGCAAAUCAACACCGACUAGUGUUUUGAGCUCGUGUUUCUCACGCAACAGCAGCACCACAACAACACCGUUGAGCCAUCAUCAGACGGCCCCAAUGCAACGCCGACACCCUGGCCCAUCAACUUCAUCGGCUAGUUUCUCGCUGCAAACAAGCACAACCAACAGCCCAGCACCAUUGAAUCUGAAUCAUCAGCCAUUGCCGACGGCAUCCUUAGUUACCUUCCAUCCUGAGAUGAUGAGUGUUGGAGGCGAAGUUGUGAGUGGCGGUGCGUCUGGAAGCAGUGUUACCACAAACAUUGCACUUCCAAUUGAUCAGCAGCAGCAACAACAGCAGCAACCGCAGCAGCAGCAAUCGCAAGCAAGCCAUUCAAGUCAUUCGACUCAAUCGCAUGCCAAUGCCAUUCAAUCGAAAAUGUCGGAUAUUCUGAAGCGAAAAGCACCACCAAAGCGCAAAUCGCAAACAUCAUCACGAUCAAAGACCCGAAACCAAGAUCACCACACCGAACAACCGUCAGUCAUGCAAGAGCUAAUGAACAAAGCUUCGGCUUUGGGUUCAUCUGGCCGAAGUACACCGUCGACAUCGUCGAGUCCAAUGAAUAUUGGUGCCAGCGGAAGUGCUGGUUCGUCUGGUUCAUCGUCGUCUCGUUCACGUUUCGGUUCAAGCUCGAAGACUUCAUCGUUUUUGGCUUCGUUGAAUCCAGCUCGCUGGGGCCGAACAACCUCAAUGAAUUCACAUUCAACUUCAAAAGACAGCGGUCAUUCGAGCAGCAGCGGUGCUGGUACGAGCAGCUCAAGCACAUUGAUCAACGAACACUCGUCAAGCUCUAGCUUAAUAGCGGCUGGUAAUCGAGAGAAGGCACGCCAAUGGAUUCGCGAACAUGCCAUCGAAUUCAACAAGAGAUACGACGGCGAAAAUGAUUUGCCUAGUGAACCAACGGUUUUAGUUCGCUUGUCUACUGUCAUUCAGAAAUUGAAUGGAAACUUGGACAGUUGUGUGGACGCACUAAAUGAUCUCAAGCACAUCCUACUCAUAAGUGAUAUAUCACCGUUCGAAUUCAAUCAUUCGGGUUUGAUUCGAUCGAUGCUAAAAUAUAUGACAUCCGAACAAGAGACCGUACACAGAGAUGAUAGACUACGCGCCUUCCUAAACGUAUUCACCGGCUUGCCACUGAAUACAACCAAUAUCAGCGGGUCUAUUCUGUCGAAGGCAACCAUUGAAAAUUCAGCAUUUAGCUCAUUUGUAGCCAAAUUGAAUGGUUGUGUCACGCAAUUGGAACAGUUCCCAGUCAAGGUGCAUGACUUCUACGGCGGUUCGAAUACAAGUGCACUUAAAUUUUUCAACACGCACCAACUCAAGUGCAAUCUCCAACGUCAUCCAGAUUGCACAAAUUUGCGCCAAUGGAAAGGUGGCACAGUGAAAAUUGAUCCGUUGGCAUUGGUUCAGGCCAUUGAACGAUAUUUAGUUGUGCGUGGCUAUGGCGGUAUUCGUGUCGAUUCCGAAGAAGACUCCGAAGAGGAUAUCGACGAUAGUGUGGCUGCAGUCGUUAUGUCACAAGCCACAUUCAAGCAUAAGCUACAGUUUAUGAUCGGUGAAAAUGUAUUGCCAUACGAUAUGACCGUUUAUCAGGCCAUUCGACAGUUUUCGCCACUAGUUAACGAUCAAUCUGAAACCGAUACCGAAUCCGAUAUCAUGCAAAGCAAUGCAAGCAUCUGGGUUCAGCAACACACUAUUUACUAUCGUCCGAUUGAGGAAGAACCAAGUCAACACGCACACAAUCAGCCCAGUGGUAGCAGUUCAAGUAAUGCUGCCGGUGUUUCGAUCAGUACACGAGCAUCGUCCUCGUCAUCGUCGACAUCACGAAAGCACUCGGAUAAAUCGUCGUCAAAAUCGUCACGUAAAAAGCCUGAAUACUGGACCGAUGGUAUUCAACAGGUCGUGUCGCCGAUCACAAAUUUCUUAUCGAAUUCACUGCCCAAAGAUAUAGUCACCGUUCAGGAUGCUUCUCUCGAUGCUUUGUGCAUGUUGCGUAUUGUGUAUGCACUGAAUCGGCACUGGGAAACACUUUAUAUGGGCAAUUACAUACACGAGGAUAUCAUUCCAGCAUCGGAAUUCAUUCAUUCGAAGAUUACGGCCAAAGCCAAUCGUCAACUUCAAGACCCACUCGUGAUAAUGACUGGAAAUCUGCCACAAUGGCUGCAGCAAAUCGCCACCGUUUGCCCAUUCUUGUUCCCAUUCGAAACACGCCAUUUGCUAUUCUAUGCCAUAACAUUCGAUCGUGAUCGUGCAUUGCAACGUCUGCUUGAAACCACGCCUGAUCUCAAUUCAACGGAUACCACCGAAAAAGUCACGCCACGGCUAGAUAAACGUAAACGUACCAUAUCACGUGAAGACAUUCUCAAACAGGCCGAACACAUUAUUCAGGACUUUGGACAUUCGAAAGCAUUGCUUGAAAUUCAAUAUGAGAAUGAAGUUGGAACCGGUUUGGGACCGACGCUUGAAUUCUAUGCACUGGUUUCGGCUGAAAUACAACGCUGUGAUUUAGGUUUAUGGUAUGAAAAUGAUACGUAUCAAUCGCCAUCCUCUUCGAUCGACGAUUGUGUCAAGAAUGUGCUGAAUGAAAUGGAAGACGACCAACAAAUGUCACAAACAGACGAUCAAGAUGAGGUAAACAAUGCACUGAAUCCGAUUUCAAACCAUCAAACGUCAGCAACGGAUGUUCGACAAUACGUUCAUGCUCCGUUCGGUCUCUUCCCAAUGCCAAUGAGUCAUAGUGCCAAACAAAUGCAAAUCUCACGCAUCAAAUCGAAAUUCAAGUUCUUGGGCAAAUUUAUGGCUAAAGCCAUCAUGGACAGUCGAAUGUUGGAUCUACCGUUUUCGAUUCCAUUCUAUCGUUGGUUGUUGUAUGAGGACAGUUCACUUGGUUUGUCCGAUUUGUCAUCGGUUGCACCAGAAGUGCAAACCACGUUGAAGCGUUUGCAAAACAUUGUACGCGAACGUGAUGAAAUCUUGAACAGUCCAGCUUCGGACCAAGAAAGCAAGAAUGUCAAGAUCGACAGUUUACAUUACGAUGGUUGCCCGAUUGCCGAUUUGGGAUUGAACUUCACACUACCAGGUCAUGCAAACAUUGAACUGCGUCGUGGUAGCCGUGACACAGCAGUCACCAUCCACAAUUUGCAUCAGUAUGUUGCUCUGGUAACGCAAUGGUUCUUAAAUGAAGGUGUACAAACACAGUUCGAAGCUCUGCGCGAAGGAUUUGAUUCAGUGUUCCAAUCGCAGCGAUUGCGUCUCUUCUACCCAGAAGAAAUUGAAAAGGUGCUAUGCGGCUCAAGUCUUAACAACUAUCAUCGUUGGGAUGUGAAGAUGUUGCAAGAAUGUUGCCGUACCGAUCAUGGAUUCACAUCCGAAUCGAAGGCCAUUCAAUAUUUGUAUGAAAUCCUAAGCACAUACACUCGCGAAGAGCAACGUUUAUUCUUGCAAUUUGUCACCGGUUCACCGUGCUUACCAACAGGCGGUUUCAAGGCAUACAAUCCACCAUUGACCAUUGUACGCAAAACACUCGAUUUGAACGAGAGCCCAGAUGAUUACCUACCAUCGGUUAUGACAUGCGUAAACUACUUGAAACUACCCGAAUACUCCAGCCGUGAGGCGAUGCGUAGCAAAUUGAGAACGGCAUGUGUUGAGGGUAGCAUGAGUUUCCACUUGUCUUAAAAGCCUCGAAUCAACGACAAUUCACCACUGCUGCAACCAUAUCAAUGCUGAAUGCAGACAAAGAAGAAUGAAACCAACCAAUCCAGAUGCCAAAAUACAAAGUUCUUUAUAUAAAGGUCAAAACGGAGAACGAACCAAUAACCAUUUAUAAUUCCAAACAAAAUCAAAUGUCUGUAAAUUUGCCAUUUUCUGUGUAGUUAAAAUUAACGGAAAUCGAAUUAGCAUUUCAAUCGAAUUCAAACAAACAAAAAUUUAGCGAAACAAUACGAUAAACAAAAAUGAAAAUGGUCACAACAAAGUGAUUUGGUUUUUUUUUUGUAUUUUCUAGAGAAAAAACAAAGACAAAUUAUGGAUUUGAAUGUUUCGUUUAGCAAUUAAGUGAAAUAAAUGAAAUUGUUUGAUGCUCUCACAAUGCAUUCAUGAAAUGGAUAAUCAAAGUCCAAGCGACACCAUUUCCCCUUCAACCCACCCAAUGUGUGGAAUGUUCGAUAUUGUGCUAAACACACUUGGAAUCCAUCUCCUACACUUUUGCGAAUUUAAUUUAAAAACAAAAACUGAAAUACUAUGUAAUAAAAUGACACAGAUCUUUUGGAAAAUGAAAGAAAAUAAUCGAAAUUUGCAGAAAUUGAUUCGACCGAAAACAUGGCAAUGCCCAAGAGGAGGUCAACUCUUUUCACUCUUUCAACAAUAACAACAACAAAAACAUUAUUAUGGGUUCCAUUCUGGAAUUAACAUAUGUGCAGUAUGCCUCUUGUAAUUUAGCAAUAAAAACAAAGAAUCGCCAAGCCAAAACAAUAUCAACACAUCGGAGAAUAUCCACACUUGACAGAAAGUGAGAAAAAUAACAUGUACUGCGACAGAUAGUCUUUUCUCUAUAUUAUAUAGAUCCAAGAUCUAAUCACGUA